AUGGGUCGCGAAUUGCANAAGAAGAAGAACCGCUCUUCGACCUCCAAAGUCACCCAGAAGGCAAAGUCGAAGAGGAAGUUGUUGCAGAACCCCAUCAUUGCAGCCAACUGCCAAAACUACCGCCGUCUCGGACUCGUUUCCAAGUUGAACCACCCGACCGGUGGUGUUGAGAAGACAUCCAAGACAUUAGUCGAGGCUGCCAAUGGCCUCGCACCUGAGCCUACACCCGACAACCUCAACAUCAGCACAAAACUGCCCACUACCAUCAACAUCUCGGAAGUGAAGAUCAAGAGAGACCCCAAGACUGGCGCUAUUCUGGAAGUCUUGGACGAGAAGAAGGCCAACCCGCUGAACGACCCUCUGAACGACCUCGAAGACAGCGACGACGAGGGCUGGCAAGGAUUCGUGAAUGAGCACGGUGUUCUGGACGGAGCAAGACAAGGAGGCAGUGCAAAGACCGACGUGGUCCGUCAACUCGAGGAGCAAGCCGCACGCCCGAUCAAGAAGGCUCCUAGAAAGCAGAGCGAGCGUGAAGAAGAAUGGAUUGAGCGACUGGUCCAGAAGCACGGCGACGACUACCUUGCCAUGGCUCGCGACAUGAGACUCAACCCCAUGCAGCAGAGCGUCGGUGACCUCAAGAAGAGAGUCAAGAAGUGGAACGCCAAGCAACAAUCAUAA